AUGCUGACCCCCAGGAUCGCAGCCCUCUUAACUCUGCUCCUGGCCAGCAGCUCCCUGGGUCAGCGGGUGCGGAGACCCCCGCGGCCCCCAUCUCCCAUCAGCACCAUCCAGCCCAAGGCCAACUUUGAUGCCCAGCAGUUCGCAGGGACCUGGCUCCUGGUGGCCGUGGCCUCCCCGUGUCGCUACCUGCAGGAGCAGGGCCAUCGGGCCGAGGCCACCACUCUGCACGUGGCUCCUCGGGGCUCGGCCAUGGCCGUCAGCACCUUCCGAAAGCUGGAUGGAAUCUGCUGGGCAGUGCGGCAGCUGUACGGAGACGCGGGGCGCCCGGGGCGCUUCCUGCUCCAAGCCCGGGGCGCCCGCGGGCCGGUGAAUGUGGUCAUCGGGGACACGGACUACCGCGGCUUCGCCAUCUUGUACCUGGAGCGGGCGCGGCAGCUGUCAGUGAAGCUGUACGUCCGCUCGCUCCCCGUGAGUGAUUCCUUCCUGAGUGCGUUUGAGCAGCGGGUCCAGGGGGCCAACCUGACCGAGGACCACAUCCUAUUCUUCCCCAAGUAUGGCUUCUGCGAGGCAGCGGACCAGUUCCACACCCUGGACGGUGAGCGGGCAGCUCCAGCGGGCGGCGUGGGGGGCGCAGACAGGUCUCUGCUGAGCCCUUUCACGGCGACAUUCACGCUAAAUAAAAACCACUUGGAAGUGGCAUACGCCAUGAUCCGGGGCCAGCGCUGUGUCACCUGGUCGUACAAGCUUAUUUCGAAGUCCCAGCCUGGGAUGUUCUCGGUGGAUCACAGUGGAGAGCCCGGGGCGGACCCCGAGGAGAUCCAGGUGACCGACACAGACUACGCAUCCUUCGCCCUCCUGCUCUCCAGGAGGCAGUCGGACCUGCAGAGCAUCCUCAGGGUCAGCCUGCUGUGCAGAAUAUGGGCCAUUCAGACCCAGCUGCUGGGCAAGUUCAUCUGCCUGGUCCGGGCUCAGGGCCUCUCAGAUGACAACAUUGUCUUCCCGGACCUGACAGACUGGUCAGUCCUGCCCGGGAAAUGCUGA